UGUCAGCCUGAGGCUUGCUCGGACCGGACCGGACCAGGCAGGAUGGUGCGGGCUGCGGUGCUGCUGCUGGGUCUCGUGGUAUCGUGUCGGGCAGAGUUCGCGCCACCCACCGUCAACAUCAGCCUGGAUGAAGAUCCACAAGUGCGAUGGAUGCCUCUGCUCAAAGUGUUUGACGUAGACUACCUGAAAAAAGCCGCCGCAGAUGUCAUUGACACCACAGUUCCAAAAUGGGUGCAUCAGGCAGUCACACCUAUUGUGACGUCUUUGGAAAAGUACGUUCCUCAGCCUUAUGCGGGGGAGAUCCGUGGCAUGGCCUCACAGAUGGGAGGGAGCGUAGCAGAUGUCAUCAUUCUCAACUUUGCCUAUGAAAUAUCUGCGUUUUGCACUAGCAUCGUAGCUCAGGACACAAAGGGGCAUGUGUAUCAUGGCAGGAACCUCGAUUAUCCACAUCCGGUUCUAAGGAAUCUGACGAUCGACGUAGUUUUCCUCAAGAAUGGAAAGGUGGCGUACCGUGGAACUUCAUUUGCCGGCUACGUCGGCCUGUGGACGGGACAAAGUCCUAACAAGUUUACUGUCUCUGGCGACCAGCGAGGCAGUGAACACUGGUGGAACUGGUGGAAGAAUUUGGUGUCUGCGGUCCUCUAUCGGAGAUCCCCGGUCAGCUGGUUGGUGAGGGAGACACUGGAGGAAGCAGAGGACUUUCAGGAUGCAGUGAUGCGUCUCUCCAAAAUCCCCAUCAUCACUGGGGUGUAUUACAUUGUGGGCGGGGUAAAAGCAGGCGAAGGGGUCGUCAUCACCAGAGACCGGCCCGGCCCCGCGGAUAUCUGGCCUCUGGAUCCUGUGAACGGAGGAUGGUAUAGAGUGGAGACCAACUUUGACCACUGGCUUCCUCCCCCAACCAGAGACCAUCGAAGAGAAGCAGCCAACAUAGCACUGAAUGCUACGGGCCAAGAUCACAUCAACGUGGAGACACUUUAUCAGGUUCUGUCGCUGUUUCCAGUGUGUAACGGAAUUACUGUUUACACAACAAUAAUGAGUGCAGCCACCCCAGAGAAGUACAGCACACUUGUCAGGCCACAGGGCUGCGGACCAUUCUGACCGGCCUUGAGUGGUCAACAACGCACGCAUUUUUGCUGCAGAGUGUCUGAAGUUCACAACAUUAUUCCAGAUGCAGAUACUUGAUCAUAUGGAGAUUAAAUUAUCAAUGAAAUAAUAUAUAGCAUUAGCAUUUUUAGCGUGAUUGUGCUUUUCUGCCUCUAAUAAAAGAAAAAAUGCGA